AACUGGGAGACAGUUUCAUCCAGUUAUGAACGAUUGAGUGUCUCAGUGAGAGAAAAAUGAAAAAUAACGUGAAUAUUUACAUACAAAGUGCAGUGAUUUCAACAAAAAAGUGACAAAAGUCGUUAAAUAAAUUUAACUCCAUCAAAUCAACACUCCACUGUUUUGGUUAACAGUCAAGAGUGUUAAGCACACUAAAGAGGGUAUUGCAAAUAUUUGAGUUGGAUCAAAUGUAUGUGACCAAUAUGCCUCCAAUAUAUGGCCAGCCGAACUUUGAUUUUUCCCAAGAAAAUGAUUAUGAGGAUGUAACCAAUAGAUACGAAGACGAUGGCACGGCAAAUGACCUCACGCACGUUGCGUUCUGGUACAUGAUGGCGCUCAUCAUCCUGCUUUUCACUUGGCUGUUGCUUUUCUUCUGUCUUCGGAUCAUCGCACUCAGGCAAAAGACGCGGAGUACGCAGCAGAGGCGAAUGUAUGCAGGCAACCGGGCGCGGCAGCUAUCGAUGCAGGGCGAGCCCACCAUCUACGUCAGCCCGGCCAACCUGCCGCCACCUCCCAAAUAUGAAGCUAUGGCGCCGCCAAGCUACGACGAGGUCAUGGGCAUCCAGUACCCUGGCUAUCAAUCAGGCCAGCAGCCCAUCACACAGCCCAUCACCCACGCCAUGGCCCAUGGCUCGUCCACAGACAUACCCGGAGUCCACACCGUCAACACCACGAAUACCCCAAGAAGUAAUGAGAUAGCAACCGAUGCGCCCGCGGUCGUUACGGUCUCGAACGAACAGAGAAGGACAUCAAUAGCUGUUAGAGCGUGAUAGCGCUACAGCGGGUUCACACGUUUGCCUCAACCAUUUUCGUAUGCUACCCACACUUUUCAGUAUACGAAAACGGAAUUUUUGGUGCUACCGAAUCGGAGAACUCGAAAAAAGCAUUGUGAACACGUUUUUUGUCAUGAAGUUAAUUCGAUUCGGUAAAACCGGAAUAGUGUGAACGUGCUGUUAUAAUAACGUUAUUUUAAGUCUUCCAAUAGUGUUGAUAACGUUACCUAGUCGUGAACUGCUUUUGUGAUACAUUCCUAAAUACAAUAUUACCGUUACCGUUAUUUGGUAAGCGUUAUACAGCCAUAUUAUUAAUAAAAAUGCACUUUUCUUGUUGAUUGAGAUAAAGUAGAAAAUUCAUAUGUUGUGAACAAUGAGAUCUACGUUAUAAAAAUGUUUAUCGGUGCAUUGAAUACAAAGCAGUAUUUAUUUUUUUACCUCAUAUAAUCCGUCUUUAAAAGGACGCAAGACUGAUUAUUAUGGUUUGGUAAAGAUUGUAUGGUAUUUAAAAAUAACAAUCGAACAAUACGAAGGCGUAUUGAAGUCAGCCACUGGUGGCUACCUGUGUAUAUUUUGUAUAAAGUUAUAGGUAUUCAAUUAUAUUUUAUUAUUUGUUAAGUAAAA